UCAUGUUUCCAUUUCUCGGUGGGCCAGUGUUUGAAAAGAGGGAGCCUCUCAUGGGAGGAUGAAAGAAGAACCAGACGGUGGCACUUUCGCCCAUACGUUUCCUUUCUCCUUGCAUUUUCUUUGUUCCUCAAAGCAUCCAUUAUUCUGGGCCUUGUUUGUGAUUUUUGUUUGCUGCAACGUUUUUGUGUUGUGAUAUGGAGGAAUCAAAGCAAGUCAACGUUGAGAUAUCAAGGGCAACAACAGCAGAAGAAGCACAAGGAAAAGGGUUAGUGGAUGGGAUAAUGGAGGUUCAAGAUGUCACAGAAUCCUCAGGACCCCUUCAACCGAAGAGUCUUAAUGGACUAGCCUCUGCCUCCAAUUCUGCCUUUCGCCAGCGAUUUGGGUUUAAGGAGAAGUCGAAGCUGGAACAGGUGGUAAUCGAGGUAAACUUCGAUAGUUCGAAGGCUGGUUACCUUGCCUUGAAACUUGUAGCUGAAAUUGCAGGUGUGGAAAGUGUGGAGUUAGGAGGGCCAGAUAGGAACCUAUUGGAAGUGAUAGGAGAUGGAGUCGAUGCCCAUCAUCUUGUAACCUUGCUACAAAAGAAGUUUGGAAAUGCAAAGCUAAUAAGCAUGGGUCCUGUGAAGGAGCCGAAGAAAGAUACCAUGGAAGAUGAGCCAGUCCUGAUCAAAGAAGAGGAAAAUGAGCCAAUGUUGCAACGCCCUGUUUCAUCAUCCAUUCCUCAUUGUCUUGAUCCUAUCAGUGAGUCUGUAGUGGAUAUUGUUGAGACGGAGAAGCUGAAUGGAGCAAUGGAGAUGGAGAUGGAGAUGGAAACAAAGACAAAAACUCAUAGUAAUCUCGGUCUGGAAGAGAGUUCAUGUAUAAGUAAAACAACCCAGUGGACUCUACUAAUCACCAGCUUACUUCUAGAGGCUAUAUCCGCAAUUUUUGAUCAGCUGGGUUAUGCAUUAAUUAGUAUGGCGAUGGCAUUUGUAGCUUUGCUUCUUUCCAUUCUUGAUCUCAUUUACAAGGCUCGAGAGAAUGGCAUUACAUGUGAUGGGAGGAGCCUGCUACCCUGUUUUUAUCGCCAUUCAAGUCAUGAUUUCCAGAAUCGCAAGCCUUUUGGUAGUGUUGUUGAGUACUUUGGAUUUGCUGGUGCUGUCUGGCAAUGCUCUUACACAACAGUAGGGUAUCAUUAUGCUCGUCGGAACUUGGAUAAUCCAAUCAAAAUUUGUCUUCUACCUUUCAUUUUUGCUUUGUGUGUGCUAAUUUCUAAGUUAGUUAAGAGUGGCCAACAUGAACCAUUGGUUGAACUUAAACCCACAUGAGAGGUAAUUUGUUUUUAGCAGAUUAGAAUAUCAUUUAAUUGCAUUAGUGUA